AUGUCGACGACAUCCACAUGUCUUCAACUGGACGAGUUGAAUGAAAGAAGCCUGCAGAAUCACAUCCCGAACCGUCGAGAGGUCCCCAGGCAUAUCUACCUACAAAGCGGAACCCUCGAAGCAGCAACCCUCCAGGAGAUCCCGAGUCCAUCGAGUGAACUGGAAUCCCAGUCUCAAUAUCAGCUUGAAUCUCAACGGCCUGGUUUCACGCCUAUCGGUGAACAGUGCCAGAGGCAAGAACUCAAACAGAGAGCACUCCUACUCAAAGCAGCCCGAGAGCAGUACACUCUGGUAACGGACCAUGACAUCCCAUCGAUCUCGCAGAAGGGAGAGAUUCUCAUCAAGGUUGCUGCUAUCGGGCUGAACCCUAUUGACUGGAAAGCACCAGCCUUCAACUUCGGCAUCCCCAGCCUCCCCUGGGUAAACGGCCGCGACCUUGCAGGUACCAUCGUCCAAGUCGCAGAUGAAUUCGAAUCCGAGCUUCAAGCAGAAGGCAAAACGACCCGUCGUCUCCGGGUAGGCGAUACGGUUCUCGUUCCCUCGACAGACUACAGAGACAUCCGGAAAGCCGCGUUCCAAGAAUACGCCAUUGCAACACAUUUCAACGCAGCCCGUAUUCCCUCCGGUGUACCCGUUCAUGUCUCCGCGUCGCUGGGGGUAGCCUUUGUAGCAUCCGUGCUGGCGUUGGGAGUGUCAUUCGGACUGGACCUGUCGUCUGCUGAACGUGUCCCCGGACCGGACUUUGUGCGCAUUCUGCGUGAUAUCGGCGAGAACAGCGGUCGUAUUCCCGACGAUAUUCGGGAAGAGUGCUUCUCUGGAAAGGAGGAGGCGGAAAGGAUCAAAAGGGGGGACUGGCUUGCUAUCUGGGGUGCAUCAACAACAACGGGCUACCUAACCAUCCAACUCGCUAAGCUCGCCGGUCUAAACGUCAUCUGCGUCGCCGACGUCGCUAGACACGGCAAGAAGCUCUACCACGCCGGCGCGGAUCUCCUCGUGGACCGUCACAACCCCGAACGAGCCAUCGAGAUCAUCCGCGGCGUCACGGAGGGAAAGCUGCGGUACGCCCUGGACAUUGUCGGCCGGGAGACGGCGACAUUACUCCAGGGGGCACUGCAUGAUCCUACUUCUAGUAGCACCGGCGACAACGAAGCCAGUGCAAACCAAACCGGAAAAUCCCAUCUACUAGGCCUAACUGGUAUACCGAAAGAGCAAGACCGAAAUCCAGCAUUCGCGUAUCAUACCGUCCCGAUCAAACUAUUCCAUUCGUCCCCCGCCGUGGGCGAGGGGCUGGUUACAUGGCUCGAGGAGCUGUUGAGUGCGGGUGCCCUUACGCUGCCGGAGACGGUUCACGCGGAGGGGGGAUUGGGGGGGAUUAAUGCUGCCUUGGAAUCGUUGAGGGAUGGGACUGUUUCUGGGAAGAGGAUUGUGGUUAGCAUUUGAUCUGGGUUGUUUCUUUUUGUCUUUGGCAUUAUGAUAGAUGAAUACACUGGAAUAAUUACAGGAUGGGCAA